CAUCAGCAGCCGCUAUAUACCCUUUUCCCCCCGUGCAGUCGCCCGCCUCCUGGCGAGCCUUCCGUGGCAUUGUGUUUCGAACGCUCGUCAGGAGGCAGCACCCCGUACCAGGCUCCGUUUCUAUGCAGCGGAUCGGCAUUCCCAGCACACAAUGGUACACAAGUCUUAUACUGCUGCCGCCUCUCCUGCUUCCUUGGCCGCAGUCCUCACCCUCGCGACAUCUUCUUCUCUCUUCAUCGCCGGCGCCCACGCUUCAGUCCUCACUGACAUUCAGAGCAACUACUUUGACCCAGAACCUGCUGCUGCUGCCGCACAACGUGAAAGACAAUACCUCCCAGCGCAAAUAGGCGGCAUCGUCGGCUCGUACGCCUUCUCUCUUAUCGUCGUUGCUGCCUGUCUGCUCCUCCUCGCGAAGAGACGACGACAACAUCUUACGGCAGGAGACGCCGACCCAGAGGACCUCCCUUAUCCAUUUCCCAACCCCUACGGGAUACAACAAGGUGUUGUGCCCGAACAAUAUCAACAUUUUCCAUACCCCGUGGAAGCCCCCCAGUCGCCAACAAACUUCUCAUACCCGACAUCACCAAGAGGCAAAGGCCCUGGUCCUUAUAUCUUCCCACCUCCACUAUCCACCAGCACCCUCGGAGUCAACCAAGCCGUCGAUCAGAGAGUUGUUGCUCUGGACCGAGCCAUGGCGCAGAAUCAACUCGAGGAAAUGUACAAGUACGUGAUGGAGCAGGAUGCCGCAAAGCAAGCUGGCAUUACACUCGACGCCCCGCCAUCGCCUUUGUCGCCGGCCCCGGCAGCGACCGCCAAGCACGACUCGGUCGCCUCGCAGCCCAAGAGCAUCUUGAAGAAGACCCGGAACAAGCCAGCCAACCUGGAUCUCGACCGCGGCUCGGAGAAGUCGCAAUCCCGUGCCUCCUCGCUCUUGUCGGCCCUCAAAUCUCCACGCAAGUCCAAGAGCAUGAAGGCCAUCAGCAUCUCGUCCCCCAUCAUGACGCCAAUGUCGGGCACCUUUCCUCGCCAGGAGUCGCAGGAGAUGAGUGCAAUCCCGCCUCGGCAUUAUCAACCCUCCGCUCCUCCACCGAUACCUGCUGGCCAGCUGCCAUACCAUAUCGACAGCCGGCGCCCCUCUCACGCUGCUCCAGUCACUCCGCCUGAUGAUCGCUCACCGGAGAGCACCAUGAGCAUUGAUGAGAGACUCGAGAAGAUGAGCAGGGGCCACUCCCGCAGUGCUUCUCUCGCCCGCUCAGAGGCUGAGCCCGAGUCAGCCGUCACUGAUCGCUCCACCAUGCCUCUGGUCGGACUACCAUCGUCACCGAAGCCAGGUGUGAACCGCUUCCCAACUUUACCAGCGUCACCUCGGCCAGGUGCCAGCUUCGCCUCCACGACUCCCAGGACUAGCACCUUCCCGGCUUCGCCUGCACCGGGCUCAUCGUUCAACCUCCCGACACCGAAGCCAGGUUCUUCGUUCGCAAGGUCAAACGCGCCUACCGCUAUCCGCACCGGGGGUGCCUUGCCACUGCGAGCCUACGAGCCGGCACUGGUUUCUCCGUCUUCCCAGAACACAAAGCAGACCACGUUCGAGCGAGCACCUUUGUCUCCCGGCGUGCACACUCCAUGGACAGGUGCUCCCCAACCUUAUACGCCAUAUCAGCCCUUUUCGCCCGUCAUCCCGAUGACGCCCUCCCUUGUUACCAAGGCGGACCGCAAGAGGAUGAAGCAGUUGAUGCCAAAGACGCCUACUGUAGAAAUGGUCAAGAGCUCGGACGAGAUCUGGUAAUGCGGUUGCCAACAAUAAAUACCGCAUGGGUUUGAGAGAGAACUCGGUGAUUUGAACGACUUGACAUUAUUCUUUCAUGACUAGACAAAGACGGGGAUACUCACGAUCAUGGACGCGAUCUCUUUCCCUUGAAGAAG